UACAGACAGCUGUGAGCUGACAGAUCAUGGAAAAUUGAAAAUCGACAAGGUUGCUGAAAGUGAUGCAAUGUUGUGGAAUUUCUAAAAUUAUAUAAUAAUUAUUUAAACUUAUAUAAGGUUAAGUGUAGUAAUCAUUGAAUCUCAAAAUGGAUCCACAAAAAAUUUUCGAAUACAAAGAUGAGUCUCAAGCAGAAAGACUGGCAAGGAAAUCCAAAGAUUCUCCAUUCAUGAUUCUUGGUAUCAUGGGAUUAAUUGGUGUAUGUGGAGUGGGUGCCUACAAAUAUAAGAACAGAGGCAAAAUGAGUACAAGUGUAUUCCUAAUGCAGCUGCGUGUCGCCGCCCAAGGAACUGCAGUAGCAGCUCUCACCCUAGGGCUUGGAUACCAACUUGUAGACAAAUAUGUGUUAAAAUCUGAUAAGAAAGAACAAUAAUGAUCAGCUAGAUGAAAUUAGACAUUUUAAAGGAGAAUUUUAUUACACUCUACACAGUAUUUGAAGCUUACACAUAAGAUAACCUCAAAUAUGAUCAAAAUGAUCAUGCACACAAAACACUAGCCAUGGCCAUAACAGCUGAUAGAACAUGUGUACAGCAAAUGAGUAUAUUUUUGUUUUAUGUUGUCAUGUGCUGUACUGUGGGGGUAGUUUCGAUGUGCUAAUGUCUGUGGCUAUAGAAUAAGUUAAUACUAAUUUUAUUUAGCUGUUAGUUUUGUGUUCUGUGAUUUUAGCUGAUAUUCUACUACAGUUUGGUCUAAGACAGUUGUAAUAUUUAUUUUUUGACAUUUCCAUAUGUAACCUUUGAGGUAAUUUUUUGUGAUAAAUGUCUUAUUUAUACUAAUGUUAAGAAAUUGAUGUUGUAUAAUAAAUGUGACUUGCUUCAACGA